UCUCUUCGUCGAUUUCGCUCCGGGAUCGAGAUUCUCGAAUGCUGGAGGCCAGAGCUCGAUUUGUCGGAUGCGAUCGCUUUGGAUUUUGAGUUCGGACUUUGGAGGAGUGACGAUGAUGGGGUUCAGUAUCGAUUGGUGUUUGGAUUCGGUUUCGAAUGACCCGAGCUCUGCCUCGUGCGCUUCUCGGUCUCCAUCCGAGAGCGUGAAUUGGUCGUAUUGAAAUUCGGAUUAUGGUCGAGGUUUGGAGAGACAGAAUUGAUCGUGCUUCUUGAUAAAAUGCUCUCUCUGGCAGUAGGGUGUCGUUAUGGUCCGAAUGGCGUAUCUGCUGAUGAGGACAACGGGAGCACAUGCGAGAGGAAUUAUGACGUCGAGGCCUUCAGAGCUGGGGAUAGCGACUGCCACUGAAUUCCUUUUGCCUGGCACUUGCGAGUCAUGGAUGGGGACGUCUUCCGUGUUGCUGAGGGGGUGAAUCAAGCUUCAGAUUUGGAAGGUAACGGAAGGUUCGAGGUCGAUUCUGCCCUUGGUUUCACGCGCUUCGAUUCACGGAAGAAAUGUGACAGCAGGGGAGGCUUGCUAAUUGAUAUUCUGAAGUCGUUGGAUCAAGCGAAGUCUUCAUGUGGUCUGCUCUGUAAUUAUCCUGGUCGAAUCGAGGGUCCUAAUUUGGCACUCAGAGGUCGAAAGGUCCAGGGUCACGUGUGUGCACAAAGAAUACCAGUGAGCACACUGCUCCAGAUUGUGGAAAUCUGCAAGUCCUUUCGGAGCUUCAAAGAUGAUGGGACACGAAUUCUGGAGGUUGUCGAGGCCCUUGUCAAAGUGGCAACCGAAACGUCCGUUUUUGCCCCACGUUCAGAAUCUGUCAGUGGUGUUCUCAACAAGGCUAUGUAUGACGAUGAUCAUCAAAGGAGAAAGGAUACCUUGGGGGCUGUCCAAAGUGUCGUAGACUUUGCUUUAGAGGAGAAACGUUCAAUAUACGUAAAGCUUCGACCUUCUGGCAGGUUGCGAAUUUGGCGCAUCCGCCCAUCUUGUUUCAAACAGGAUAUCUCAUCUCUGGCUGAAGAAGCUAUGCUGCGUCUCCUCCUGCCUCUUGACAAGGAGCUAAGCCAGCGUGAGGAAUGGGCAAUUCUCGUGGUCUGCCUCAGGUUGGCCCCUGAGAUGUUUACAGAGGCCCGUCGUCUUCUUCACGACUGGUUGCUCUCAUCGGGUUCUGUACGUCUGUGGGAACUUCGGGCACAGUUGACAGCAGCUGUUUGGGAUGUAGCCAGUCAUCCUUCCGCCUGGGGUCUUAGUAAUGAGAAUCAUCUGCCACCCAGAUUUGCCUUGUACUGUGUAGAUCUCCGCCCUUUUCUUCAAGUAUUGGAGGAAACUCCCACGACAAUCGGUCUGCUCAGAAUUGUGAAGCUGCUGGAUGCGGAAAUGAUGCGGUGCCAACCAGCUGCAUUUAGUUCAGGAAUGGGGCGUACAGAAAGUUCUACUUUUGUCCAUCACAAUUCCAUAUGGUCCUUGUUGAUGGAAUGCCUCCCAUGGUUCAUCUUUGCCUCAAGGUUACUCUUCAGAGAUUGGAAGCAAAUCGAAGGAGACUCUGAGUCCUUAAUCUCGCUCGCAAAAUCCGAAGGUUUCGCACUCGACUACGAACGUGAAUCUGUGCAUGUUUCGUCGCAAGUCGCUGCGAGGUACAUAGCCUGGAUCAUAAGCCCCGCCGAUCACACACAACGAGGAUGUGCCGAGCAAUUGCUCCUCAUGACAAGUAGCACCUGGGGCUCGGUCGUAGAAGCCGCUUGCCGUGCAACUUCUCCCCUUUCCGCAGAGCACGAUUUCCGGGCACUUAAAGCUGCUGUCCAAGCUUCAUACCUCAAGUGUACUAGUUGUGGCUCGCCCGUGGACAGAACGAUGUCACUUGCAGAUGAGGGUGUAGAGGGUAUUGCUCGUGGAGAAGGGGAUAAAGCAGUGAACAACCGUGAGAAGGGUACCUUGCAGGCCGUCCGCCAUUGGCUCGCUGAGGUUCGAAAGAACUUCGGAAGAAGUGUCAACACGAGCAAUUCUCAUGGCGAAGCAGUUGCUUCCAGGACGGGAGAGACGUCUUUGGCGACGAGAGAUGAUAAUGUUGACAAGAAGGCGUACUUCCUGGUUCAGUUUCUUCCACUGGCUGCACUCUCAGAAUCUCUUACGAGCUGUAACAUCUAUACAAUUGUUGCCAUACUGCACUUCGUUGCUUCCUCUGGUAGCAGACAAUCUGAUGACAAUGAUCACGCGAAGAAGACUGAUUUUGUCUCAGAAUGCUGCUCGUGUGAGGCUCGUCACCCUGCGACCAGUCCAUUACGCAAAAAGAGGAGAGUUUCCUCCAGCGCGUGCGGACAAGAGUCGAGUCGGAGAUCACUAGAUUGGGUUUAUGGAGCCGGUGCAGUCUUCAGCUGUCUCGAUGCUCUAGACGGCGACGUGCUGUCGCUGGGGUCAAGGGGACAGUGCGUGGGCGAUCUCACGGGACACAGGAGACGUGUUGUCACCGACCACUUGGCAGUUGUUGUCUCGGAGUUCGUGAAAGAAUGGGGAAACAGUUUAGAAACAUUUCUGUCCGAGGCUUCAUCACCUCUUGGCGAGAAGAACUCCUACUCGGUCCUUUUGGAGGAUCUGCACUGCAGGUUUUGUCGAUGGACAGACACCCUGGACUUGAGUCCGGAAGCGAAAAGACUUUGUGCGGAAACGAAACAAUUAUUAGACAUAAAAAUCAUGAGAGCUCUCUUCUCCUUUUGUGACUAAGCCUGACUCCGUGCAGAAACUUGUCACCUCGUCCCAGACGACAGGACUUUUGCAAGGACUUGCAUUCUCCUCUCAGGUCGAGGCGCUUGGCGAGCGGCUGACCCAUCGCCCAUCAAGCAAUGGUGUCUAGAGAUGCCCCUCCAUGGGCUGCAAGGGCUUGAAUUUACAGGAUAACGGCUUAUGUGCAAAGCCCAUCGCCUAGCAAGGAUAGAAUCUCUGCAUCCACGGAUUUGAAGGAACGAAAGUCGACACAAUUUUAUUGUCACUCGGUUGGGGAAUAAAAAAUGAACAUGGCUUCUGAGGACAAUGCGGAAAUCGGCACCAACUUCUCGCCUGUCACCAAAUCGUGCAGGGCACCAUGCAGCGGACGCUGAUGCGAGUGAAUGGUCCGACCGGGAUUCGAAGCAUUCUACUUAAGUCCACCAUGUUGCCAACAGGGUGUGCCUCUGUCGUCGUCGUCGUCGAUGCGCGACCAGAGCCUCUACCGAUAAACGCUCUCGAUGUCCACGUUGGGCCUAACUUUAAUCUUGAACACGGAAGUCCUACUCGAGCGUGACAUCUUUCACGGUCGCCUACAAUUCCAUUGCACCCUGAGACCAAAGGAAGGUCGGAAAGCAAGUUAGACACCGGGAGCGGUGAUCCGAUUGGCACCAGUAGUAAGUAGACCUGUCCUUGGGCGAGCAGCAUGAGCACGACAGGUCGACUCCAGGAAUUUCGUCUACUGCCGAGAGAGACCUCUUGGAUGCGGUGCUCAUCUCACGCCCCACCGGAACAUGGCACUUGCUCACUAGACAGCCAAAUCAAGAGGUUCCAGAUCAAGAGGUGUUACUCUGGUCCAGCUGCAUGGAGGUCUUCUUCCGGGACUCGAGCUGAAUGGUUACCGGCCCAUCGUUCACUAAAUGUACCUGCACAUGAAGUCACAGAUAAUGCCGCUGAAUUGAUGUCAAGCUGGAGCCAAUUCACUCACUUCACAUGGACGAGGAGCAACGCAGUUUGGGACAAGUGGUCACAUCAGAGAUGGAAGCCUUGCCUGCAUCAUGGCUCCGAAAACACCGUCUGCACGACAGCACACGGGUGAUUAGAACUCGACCCAAAGCUGCGAGAACAUGAUGUAAGAUUGAUUGAUUGCACAGUUGUGAUUGAUUCUGCGAAAACUGAGUUGUUACUAACGAAGCAACGGGGGGUAAAAAUCAAUAGUUCCCUC